GUUCUGUUAGUUGCAAUGUUGGGCUUAGUGAGGGGUUUAAAAGACAGUAGUUGCGGACUUGAGCCGUUCAUCCAAGGACCUUGUUUUGAAUUGACGAUCCUGUAUUCCUAUAUGGAAGAUAGAAAUGAAUGCGUGUUCUGGCAGGGCUGCUUGCUAAAUGGCAAUCAUUUCACGACCAAAGAGGACUGCGAAGCCAAAUGCAAGGCUUAGUUUUUAAAAUUAAAAGAAAUAGCAGAACUAGAAACAAACUGAUUCCAGGUUAAGUGUUGUCAAAACAACCCUUUAUUAAGUUAAUUUACCUUACCCAUGUGAUUUAGAAGAAAUGUAUUAAAACUAAAAGCGUUUUAAAUAAUAUUUGGGGUUGUUCAAAGUCA